CCUACAACUACGGUACCGCCAACUGUGCCUAGUCGGACCACACUGGCACCACUGCUCAGGCUCUUUACUUUGCCACCGAUUCUCACGUUACCUCCGCCGCCAACAAUUGACUCUUAUGGAAUCAACACGAUUCCGGAGUUACCACCACAGCAUGAAUCGAUCUAUGCGGGCAUGUUUGCACCAGAUGGCAGUUUAAUCAAAAAGAAUACGAGUACUGUGAAGCAAACCGAAACAAACCUGAUUUACGAUCAAGAAACUGGACAAACAGGACGUGAACGUGGCGCCCGGGCAGCUAUAAUACGAGCUCUGGACGAACGGAUUGCUGAUGAGGAUGAUCACAACUUGUUCGAUGUAAGUACAUCACUUUAUAUGGGCACUGUCAGUGACAGAGCAGUUAUCACUUCUUUUAUCGUGCCAGAUUGUAUGUCGAUGCUGUGA